AUGAUGCAUUGGUUUAAAUUAUUCCCCUUAUUUUUUAGGGGAGAGUCUGCGAGCGAGGAAGAUCCUUUCAGACGUUGGUAUGGUCGACUAGGGGAACUGCGAAGCCUUGUGGAAUGUCCUGUAAUUUUGAUGACUGCCACAGCAAAUUCAGCUGCCAGAAAAGCCUUACAGAGAAAAUUUUGUAUGACAGACUGUUUAGAAAUUAUAGAGAACCCAGACAGGAACAAUAUUAAAUUAUUUUUACAGUGUGUUAAAUACAACACUCCACUAGAGAAUACAUUCUUCUUUCUAAUUCUGAUGUUGAAAGAGAAAAAAGAGCUCUGUGAUAGGUAUCUGAUUUUUUGCCCUUCUAUCAGAACUUGUAGUAAAUUGUACACUAUGUUUAGAAUUAUGUUUAAAGAAAAUGUUAAAUUGAUUGACCAUAUUGAAAUGUAUCAUUCAAAAACCACAGAUGAUGUUAAACAAUUAGUUAAAGAGGAUAUGUCUAAAGAAAAUGGCAAAAUUAGAAUUCUUAUUGCUACCAGUGCAGCUGGUAUGGGUGUAAAUUUUAAAGGAGUGAAAUAUACAAUUAACUAUGGUUGCCCCCGAGAUAUGGAUACUUUUGUUCAGCAGUAUGGCAGAGCAGGUAGAGACGGUGGCUCAGCAAUGUCUUUAUUGAUUUACACAAAACAUGAUAUUAAAUGUAUAGAUGAUGACAUGAAAUUAUAUGUUAAAAAUGAAACCAUUUGUCGCCGUGAGAAUAUAUUGUCUUCCUAUAAGAGUAAACCUGCUAUGGAUAGGGACAUGCAUAUGUGUUGUGAUAUUUGUGAUAAGAAGUGUCAUGUGAAAGAUUGUGAAAAAUGUAGUUUAGCACAACAUCCUUAUUAUAAAACUCAAUUUCCAGCUUUUUCGUCAGAUUCAAGUAGCCAGGAUGAUCAUGACUUGUUUACAGAUUCAGAUUGGGAGUAAGCAUUAAGAUGUAAUACAUGUAAUUCAAAGAAUCCUUAAAAAAUAUGCACGCAUACAUUGCUGCAUUUCAUAAAUCAGUCAGUAUUGUAUAAUUUUGCCAAUAUAUAUUGUCAGCCUUUGGUGAUAGACCUACUUUUUAAAAAUAUGUUAGGGUUCAUUUAAAUCUGUGAUAAGAUACAUUUUCAGUGGGAUACAGAAACUUGGGAAGAGACACCAU